AUGAUAAUAGGAAAUUUCUUCUACACUUGGGACGGGAAAUUAUUAUCACACAAUUGCUUCAUCAUUGAAGAAGGAUUGCAACAAGGCAGAGUGCUAUCACCAAUCCUCUUCAAUGUCUACGACAGUGACACCAACGUAGCAGCUGAGCUUGAAACUGACGGAGUCAACUCAAAUUCGUUCGCUGAUGACCGAAUAAUCUACACCGCAGACAAUGACGUGGACAGAAUCAUCUUUAAAUUGCAGGAUAGAAUAAACAAAAUUAAUAAUCAUUACCUCAAUUGGAACCUGAAAAUAAAUGGCUCAAAGAGCGAAGCCAUAUUCUUCAGACAAGCAUGCAACCAUCUAAAAGUGUCCCAAUAUAACCGGAUAAAAGCAGCAAAAUUCAAUGUAAAAGAUCAGAACGGAAUAAUAAUCGAGAUCCCAGUCAGGAAAACUGUAAAAUAUUUGGGAAUAACGUUUGACCACUUAAUCCACCUGACCACGCACCACAAAAUACAGCUUGGAAAAGCAAGAACAGCGAUUAAAAGUAAUUCUAGAAUAUUUUAUAAUAGCAAUUUAUCAGUUAAAGCUAAAAUCAUUUGCUACCAGCUGCUUAUUCGAUCUCUAAUCACUUAUGCUGCCCCGAUGUUAUGGAACAUGGGCCCAACAGUAAUGGAAAAAUAUCGGAAACUGGAGAGAUCCGCGCUUAGAUCAUGCAUCAGAAGACAUAGAAAAGCGGAAACUGACUAUCGAGAAAGGAUCAGCAAUGCCAAUAUAUAUAAUAUGGCCAAUAUAACGAGGAUAGAUUGCUUCUACUUGAAAUUAUGCCGUAAUUACUAUGCCGGAUACCAGGACAUUGGUAAUCCCAUAAUGGACAACCUCCGAUGCCCAAGUGACGAAAUCUGUAAGGACAGAUGUGCUACUGGUUACAUAUCCCCAGAAAUGUUUACUUUCUGUGAUAAAAUUGGAGUACUACAAGACGAAUUCAAUCUGCCCAUCAGAACAAGAGAGUAG